UUUUCUGAAACCAAAAAUGCAGAAAAAAAACUUAAAUGCCAAUAACCAAACAAGGCGCAAAAUUACGAAGGCCAUCACCGCGGCGCAUUUUAGCACCACGUCUUAUAGUUCACCAUCAUCAUUUUCACUUUUUGAGAUUCUGCAGUAGCUCAAGUCCACACUCCUUCCUAUCUCUCUCUCUCUCUCUCUCUCUCUCUCUCUCUCUCUAAUUAAGCAGAGUAUGAAGCGAAGAAUGCUGGUGAGCUGAUCCUUCUCUCCUCUCUCUGCAUGAAGCAAUAACCAUCCGCAUUCAGAUACACCAUUUUGCAUCGAUUGCCCUACUUCAAGCAGAUCUGUGUCGGCCGCAGUUUGCGGUAGAGAGUGAAAAAUGAAUCGGCCGUCAUUUAUGCUGUCUAGAAACGGAAGUUUCAGAGCUGAAAACCUAGGCCCGAAUGCGCUAGCCAUGAUUAAGAAUCUAUGCUUCACUCUAUUCGUUGUUGGAGUUCUGGUUUUCACUAUAAUCGCCGCAACUUACCAGCCCGAGGAUCCAUUGUUUCACCCUUCGUCAAAAAUGACGAACUUCCUCACAUCCAAUACGAACGCCACUUUCAAAUCCGACAUCGCCGUUGUUAAGACCGGAGAGGACUUCGUCGCCUCGAAUCAGACCGCGUUUGCAACUUUUAUCAACAUAACUGAUGUUGAUUCCGUGGUUCAAGCCACCAUGCCAGAGGAGACCGAGGCGAUCUCGGAGACCGGAGAAUGCAGGACCGAUGAGCCGGUUAAUUGUCGCGAUCCCGAUGUUUUCCAUCUCCUGAUGAGGUCUACCAUCGAGAGAUUUCAAGACAUUCAUUUCUACCGAUUUGGGAAGCCGGUGGCUGGGGACAAUGCCACCUCUUGCCACAUGGCGUGGCGGUUUAGGCCCAAGGAAGGGAAGGCUGCUGCGUUUUACAAGGAUUAUCGGAGUUUUGCACUAGUUAGGGCUGAGAAUUGCACGCUUAGUGUGGUUGGCAUUGGGGAUUAUCAUUCGGGUGGGAAUGCUAGGAAGAGAAGGGGGAAAGGGAGGGGGAAGAACAGGGAGAAGGAUAAGGAGGUGUUUGAGAAGGUUCCAGCUAAGGUGGAUGAGAAUCCGGUUGCCCUGCCGGAUGUUGGGGAGACUGUGGAUGAUUCUCUUCCUGCAGUUGAGUCGGAGGGCUCGUUUAGUCAUAGUAAGUACUUGAUAUAUUCUGGUGGAGGGGAUAGGUGCAAGAGCAUGAAUCAGUAUCUUUGGAGUUUCAUGUGUAUGUUGGGCGAGGCGCAGUACUUGAAUCGAACGCUGGUUAUGGAUCUGAGCAUGUGUUUGUCGAAGAUGUACACUUCGUCUGGUCAGGAUGAGGAGGGUAAAGAUUUCAGAUUUUACUUCGACUUUGAGCACUUGAUGGAUUCGGCUCCAGUGUUGGACCAGACUCAGUUUUGGUCGGAUUGGGGGAAAUGGCAAAAGAAGGAUCGGUUGAGUCUCCAUCUCGUGGAGGAUUUCAGGGUCGCGCCAAUGAAGUUAGCUAAUGUCAAGGACACUGUGAUCAUGAGGAAGUUUGGGUCCGUGGAGCCUGAUAACUAUUGGUACCGAGUUUGUGAAGGUGAAGCAGAAUCUGUCAUUGAACGGCCGUGGAAGAUGAUUUGGAAGUCCAGAAGGUUGCUGGAUAUCACCUCUGCUAUUUCAUCCAGAAUGAAUUGGGAUUUUGAUGCUGUCCAUGUCGAGAGAGGGGAGAAGGCGGCCAACAAGGAGCUGUGGCCGAAUCUUGAUAGAGACACUUCCCCAGAAGCGCUUUUGUCAGCUUUGAAAUACAAGAUUGAAGAUGGAAGGAACCUCUAUAUCGCGACAAAUGAGCAGGAGACGUCCUUCUUUGAUCCUUUGAAGGACAAGUACUCCACACACUUCCUCGAUGAGUACAAGGACCUCUGGAAUUCGGAGAGUGAUUGGUAUGCUGAGAUGACGAAGCUCAACAAUGGGAAUCCGGUGGAGUUUGAUGGUUACAUGAGGAUAUCUGUCGACACUGAGGUGUUCUUGAGGGGGAAGAAACAGAUUGAGACUUUCAACGACCUCACGAAGGAUUGCAAGGAUGGAAUCAAUACGUGCACAACGUCGGCUAGCUAAGAUAACAUACACCAAAAGGUCCACUCCUCAUUCAUGCUUGUUUUUGAAACAAUGGCAUGUGUACUAUUAUCUCUCUCUCUUUGUGUUGCUUGCUAGGUUUCUCCUUUUCGAGUUCCUUUUUGUUUCAUUAAUGGUAGAUUAACGUUAUAAGCUCUCGGGAUUACUGGUAUUUCGAAGGGACACAGAUAGAUUUGUUUCAUUUGUUGGUGUACUUUAAUGUGCUUUCCAUUUUGACUUAUAUUGCAUCCAUUAUUUAUGAGCAGAAAUUUUAAUUACUACAA